AUGGUGCUUCUGUCUGGUGAAGAGGAUGCAUUCACUGCCCUGCGGGGCAAGGUGAUUGUGAAGAAGUUGACAGAGCUGGCCCCAGGGUUUCUGCCAGGCACUAAAUCCCUCAGUGCUGAUGUCUACCCAAAGACCCAGAGGUCCUUUAUAUCGUUUGGGGACCUAUCCUCUGCACCUGCUGUUAUGAGUAAUGUCAAGGUGAAGGCCCAUUACAAGAAGGAGCUGGCUACCUUCAGUGAGGGUCUGAAUCACCUGGACAACCUCAGGGAAAAUUUUGCCCAGCUGAGUGAGCUGCACUGUCACAAGCUCCAUGUGGAUCCUGAGAACUUCAGUCUCACACUCCUGGGCAAUGGGCUGGUGAUUGUGCUGGCCUUCCACUUUGGCAAGGAAUUUACCCCAUAG